AGGUGAAAAAUAAUGGUAGAGGGAAAGAAAAACAUAAAGGUGGAGCGGUGAAGAGAGCGAAAGGAAACCCUAAGUAAGCCAGAGAUGGCGGAGCAUUUGGCAUCGAUAUUCGGAACAGAGAAAGACAGAGUUAACUGUCCUUUUUACUUCAAGAUCGGAGCUUGUAGACAUGGCGACCGCUGUUCUCGUCUUCAUACUAAGCCCACCAUUAGCCCCACUCUUGUUCUCUCCAACAUGUAUCAAAGACCUGAUAUGAACCUCAACUUCAUCAACCCUACCCCUAAUCAACCUCAACCUCCUCAACCACCUCAACCUGAAUCUCUUGACCCCGACAAGCUCCAAGAACACUUCGAUGAUUUUUAUGAAGAUCUAUUCGAGGAGCUUAGCAAAUAUGGGCAAAUUCAGAGUUUGAAUAUUUGUGACAAUUUGGCAGAUCACAUGGUUGGCAAUGUAUAUGUUCAGUAUAAAGAGGAAGACCAUGCUGCCAAUGCCCUAAUGAAUCUCACUGGAAGAUUUUAUUCAGGUCGGCCGAUCAUUGUUGACUUCUCUCCUGUUACGGAUUUCCGAGAAGCUACUUGUAGGCAGUAUGAGGAAAAUGUCUGCAAUCGUGGUGGCUAUUGUAACUUUAUGCACCUUAAGAAGAUUAGCAGAGAUUUGAGAAAGCGAUUAUUUGGAAGAAGUAGGCGUUGGAAUGACCGUAGUGGAAGCAGAAGCCGAAGCCCUCCAAGGAGUCGUAACUAUGAGGGACGUUCAUAUUCUGGCCGUGGUUCUGGUAGAAGGGAUUUUGACAGGCCUCAUGGCAACCAUGGUAGGAGGCAAAGAAGCCGUAGUCCUCGGCAUAGAGGAAAACGAAGUAGAAGUCCGGGGGGCAGGGAUAGAAGUCCUCCUAUCAGAGACAGAGAAAGUAGUGUAGAAAGGAGAGCAAGAAUAGAACAAUGGAACAGGGAGAAGGAAGUUGAAGAUUCUGGUAACAGGGACAAUAAGAAUAAUAAUGAUUAUGAAGAGCCAAGCUUAAAAAAUGGCAGUGAGUCUGGUAAUCAUCAGAUAUAGCAACACAGUGAUUUGACCCAAAAUGAAAAGGCCCUGUAAUAAUUGCUGCAAGUAAUCUGGUUUGUUUAGAUUUCACCUAUCGAGUUGGUUUUAGUUGUUUUUGCUAUCAUUAUAUUCUGAUUUCUGAACUGUUUUUUUAGAUUUAGUAUUAAUUUUGAUAUAGUUCGGCAGUGGAUAUUUCAUUUCCGUAGUUGGAUGGAUGUUCGAUGGUAAUUAUGUUUGGAGAUUAUCUGGAUGAAAUAGAGGAAAUCAUGUAUGAAUUUUGACUAUGUGCAUUGUUUAGAGAUGUUCAGCAUGGGAAACAGUUUUGGUUUUGAUCCAACCCUCCCUACAAAACUCUGGGCUCCCUCUAGCGUGUAAAAUUAUCAAGGGAAGAAGAGAAUGUGACGUAAAUGUAAAGAAAUCAUGAACCCCUUAUGUGUAAACGGAUUGGAAUGGAUCACAGUGAGUGUGUUUUGCUCAUAUGAUAGAAUUGGUGGGAGAUUUUCGGGGGAUUUUGGAAUUGAUAAUGUACUGAAAAUAUAUCAAAUUCAAAGAUAAUGUUUAAAUUUUAUCAACACAAAUUUGAAUGUAUUCUUUUAAGUUCUCAUAGAGUAAAGAAGCAUUGACGUUGCUUU